AUGAACAUCCAGUCAGUAAAUUUACCCGACUUAGAAUUCGAGACCGACCACGAGUUGACGUCGUCGGAUGAGAGCGCCCAUACCGAAUUUCCCUCGAUUUCACAUACUAAGUUCAGAAUUCGAGACCAUAUCAAGUCUUUCUUCAAUCCCCAACAUGCGAACAAGGAGGCUCACGAGGAAAGCUUCAAGGAAUGCUUUGAAGCGAAGGCUUCAGGUACUCAACCGAGAUCUCACCUUGCAGAGAGACCAAAACCCAAGUCCAUAUUUGGCUCGCCAACGAAGUUGUUGAUCGAUACUCAUGACGAUGCCCUUGUCUACCACCAACUCAAAGCAGAGAGCCUUGCAAGAAAGGCGCUUCCGUAUGACAUUUAUAUACUUGAGUGGGUUGCAUGGACUCAAAGAAUAGAGAAUGGCACCAAGGAGUACUCAACGGAGGACAUAUCCGAUUCAAAAGCCCUAGACGGCUUGACUGAGUCAAUCUCGAACGAGGACCUUUCAUGGAGGAAGCUUCAUAUUUUGAGAAAAGAGAUCACGCCAACAACCAAAGAAGACUACCUGAACAUAACGGUCUUCAUGAAAGUUGACAGGGAGAAAGCAGUGGUUAGCUUUCAUAAGGUAUGCAAAAGCGUCCUCUUGGAUGACCUUUCAAAACCACUAGGGAUCACCAUUCCUAUAGUAGGCAUCACCCUUGGAAAAGCAACCACUGAGUACUUAAUUAUAAUCUUGUGGCUUGGAAAUGAUGGCGAAAGGGAGGAAGUUAAGGCUACCUACGACUUGCUUAGAUGUCUAAUCAACUCGAUCGACGAUGAAUAUGAUGAGGUGAUAAAAUCAUCAGUCUUGGUGAGACUUGGGGAUUUUGAAGUCGUUGAAAUGUUUUCUGGAUCAUGA